AUGGUCGCUGUGACUAUUGGCGAUAGUAAGGAGGAGUACCACCUGCUCCUCGACUCCGCAGCAAGCAACACUUGGGUAAUGGGACAAGACUGUAAGAGCGAUGCUUGUGGAACGCACACUACAUUUGGCAAAGGGGAUUCAAGCUCUCUAAAGACGCAAGAUACGCCCUUUAGCGUAACCUACGGCACCGGCUCCGUCAGCGGCACUCUCGCAACCGACACACUGCACAUCGGCUCCCUAUCCCCCUCCGUAUCGUUCGGUCUCGCCACCAACGUUUCCUCAGAGUUCAAAUCCUACCCCAUGGAUGGCAUCCUAGGCAUCGGCCGCGGCGACGUCGUACAAGGCACAGCGCAAGUGAUGGACGUGCUGAAGGAGGACAAGCUCAUCGGCGCAAAGAUAUACGGGAUAUACUUGAGCAGAUCCAAAGACGGGCUUGCUGACGGCGAGCUCAACCUCGGCGAAGUCAACAAAGACCGUCUCUCUGGCGACCUGAACUGGAUCGACUGCGUUCCCAACGACACCGGGUUCUGGGAGAUCCCCGUGGCCGACGCAUCAGUGAAUGGAAAGACACUCGGUCUCAGCGGCAAGAAAGGUCUCAUGGACACCGGUACUUCGUACAUCCUGAUGCCGCCCGCCGACGCACUAGCCAUCCACUCGCAGAUCCCAGGGUUCGCACAGAGCGGCGAGACAUUCAGCGUGCCAUGCAACACGCAAGCGCCGCUGCAGUUCAUCUUCGGAAAAGUCGGGUACAACAUCUCCACGUCCGACUGGCUGGGUGGCAAGCUCGAGUCCGGACUGUGCAGGAGCAACAUCGUGGGCCGCCAGACGUUCAAUGAAAGUCAGUGGCUCAUUGGCGAUGUAUUCCUGAAGAACGUGUACUCCGUGUUCGACUUUGAUGGGAGUAGAGUCGGGUUGGGUUUGCCGCCUACAGAAGGGGAACAGAGCUCCUCCAGCUCGCCGAGUAGUGCUGCGUCGACGUCUCCUACUUCUGCAGCGGCCUUGAAGACGAGCGGGUCAGUGAGUGCGACGCAGACUGCGGCUGUCGAAGGGAGUGCGGACCCGAGUCCGAGUGCGGUUGCUGAAAGUCAGGGACAGAGCAGUCAGCAAGGUGCUGUUGGAGUGGUGAAGGCGCCGCUGGCGUUGGCGAUGGCUGCUCUAGCUGUUUCUUUGUUCAUAUAG